AAGUCAAGCAAAGAUCACAGACUGCCUCAAGUCUGUCAAGCACAUCAGAGGAACAAACCCAUCUCUUUAUAAUAACCUUCAAUAAGAACUGAUUUGGAGUUAAUUUUCACUUGAAGAUUUUUGAGAAGAAUAGAUAUAUGCCAAUACCCAACACCUGUAAAAUAUUUUCCUCCUGCAGGCACUUUUUGGAUCAUCUGUCCUCGGAGAGAAGAAGGCAACAGCAGCAAUUCUGAAGAGGGUUGCUUCUGAACUGCACUGGACUUCACUGGAAGUGAAGAAUAUUUCAGACCAGUGCUAUUAUUUAGCAAGGUAACAGAAUGGAGAACAAACAGCAAAGCAACGGCAUGACGAAAGAAAAUAGUGCAGUAAAGAAAAAAAUGAAUUGGUCUGGAAGUCUUAUUCUAGCCUCCUUAACUGGUGCUUUUGGGUCGUCUUUUCUUUAUGGUUACAAUCUGUCGGUGGUGAAUGCUCCUGCAGUGUUUAUCAAGAAGUUUUACAAUGAAACUUGGGAGAGGAGAUAUGGGUUCUCAGUGGAUGAGGGCACGCUGACGCUCCUCUGGUCCGUAACCGUUUCUAUUUUUGCCAUCGGUGGCCUUGUGGGUGCCAUUAUUGUCACCCCAAUUGUGAAGUUCUUUGGAAGGAAAUGCACCUUGGUGCUCAAUAACGUGUUUGCAGUGGCAGCUGCGCUGUUGAUGUCCCUGUCCCUGCUGGCAGGGUCCUUUGAAAUGCUGAUCCUGGGCCGUGUUAUCAUGGGUGUCGAUGCAGGCAUUUCCUUAAGUGCCCUCCCCAUGUAUUUGAGUGAAAUAUCUCCUAAGGAAAUCCGUGGUUCAUUGGGUCAGGUCACAGCGAUUUUCAUUUGUAUUGGUGUUUUCACUGGUCAAGUUCUGGGGCUGCCAGAAAUAUUUGGGCAAGAAUCUCGGUGGCCUUUCCUGUUUGGAGCAAUCAUUGUUCCCUCCUUGAUACAAGCCGUGGUUCUGCCUUUUCUUCCCGAAAGUCCUCGGUACCUCCUACUAGAAAAGCAAAACAGGAGCAAGGCAGAAAAAGCAUUUCAGAGGUUCCUCGGGAAGGGUGACGUGUCUCAGGAGCUAGAGGAGGUGCUGGCGGAGUCCCGGGUGCAGAGGAACACCAGGCUGGCGUCGGUGGCGGAGCUGCUGCGGACGCGCGCGGUGCGCUGGCAGAUCCUGACCGUGGUCGUCACCAUGGGCUGCUACCAGCUCUGCGGGCUCAAUGCUAUCUGGUACUACACAAACAACAUCUUUAGUGAAUCUGGGAUCGAUCGUGAAACAAUCCCUUAUGUUACACUAAGCACUGGUGCUGUUGAGACUCUGGCUGCUGUUUUUUCUGGCUUGGUGAUCGAGCGGCUCGGCCGCAGACCUCUGCUCAUUGGGGGGUUUGGGCUGAUGGUCGUGUUCUUCGCAGUGCUCACCGUCUCCCUGACCUUGCAGAGCACUGUACACUGGCUUCCUUACCUCAGCAUAUUUUGUAUCCUUGCAAUCAUUGCAUCGUUCUGCAUUGGACCAGGUGGGAUUCCCUUUGUCCUCACUGGAGAGUUUUUCCAGCAGUCACAGAGGCCAGCAGCAUUCAUGAUAGCUGGGACAGUCAACUGGCUCUCCAACUUCGCAGUGGGACUGCUCUUCCCUUUCAUCCAGGCUGGCUUACAGACCUACUGCUUCCUAGUGUUUGCUGGCAUCUGCUUUGCAGGAGCGACCUACCUGUUUUUUGUCCUGCCUGAAACGAAAAAUAAGACAUUUCAUGAGAUCAGCCAAGCAUUUGCCAAAAGGAAUAAAGUAACUUUAGAAAUGCAAGAGAUGAACCACUACCCAGGGGAGGAGAAAUCAAGGGAAGAACAAGAAUCAAACUUCACAUCUUCAGUGGACAAUGGGGAAACCAAAAAAGGGAUUGUGUAAACCCAGGAUGCUCUUUCAGGGGAUGGGGGAAAGCGUGCUCUUUUCAUUUAUAGCAGUGCACAACUUGUAUAUUCUAGAAGUCAAGAACUGCUUCCCCCUUGCAAGUGUUCUGAGUGAGUAUGGGUGAAUUCAUUAGCAGCUGGGGUAAUGGUGAGACAAUGAGGGGCAGGAGGAGCAGCAACUGAUAAAACAAAUGAGAUGGAGUUCCCUUUCCUGUGAGUGGGAUGGGGAACACAGACUUGGAGAUGUGGAGAGGCAGUGGGGAGCCAGGGUUUUGAUCAGCAGCUGGCUGAGCACCCCCAUGUGCUCACAGGGAGGUGUGCAUCUCUCCCCAGGAGGAGGAGGAGGCAGGGACAAGGGGGGAGAUCCAGUGGGGGUCUGCUGAGAAGCAAACCUGAAAUGGCACCAGAAGGUGUUUCUCCAUGUUUCCCAAGAUGUCAUUCAAGCUGCCCAUGAGAGCUGACAUGACACUUCCCUGACUCCCAUUCCUUUUCUAGCUGUUUUGAUUUUCAGUUGUGUUUUUUGCAAGGUCUCCCACCUUCCUGCAAAUGGGCAGCUCUGGGUCCUGAUGAGUUUACUUGUCUCACUUGCAAAUCCUAAUAAUAGAGCUGUCUCUAGUUUCUGGGUUUGCUGGCACUGCUUUUCUCUGAAGAUAUGUAUUUACAUAAUUUUAUUUUUUAAUUAUAAACUUAGAAGCUUUAAUAUGAGAACUAAACCUCAUGGUGAAGUGAGAGAACUCUGAUGGUAUGUGUAGGACACAGUAUUGAAGCAAAAAUUCAAACAUGAAGUGUUCCAAGCAUUGGGAUUUUUAAAUUGUUUUGUUUGUUUAUUGCUUUUCCUUUCAAAUUCCAUUUUAAGCAAGUCUUAGGAGCCCAAAUUUCCCUGAGACCUGAUAACUUCUUAGCACUCAGAUUUAUGCAUAGAAAUUUGGGCGCCUACUUCUUACAUAAACACUAAUUUUUAUUUGGGCAUUGGAGCCUGAAGCACCAGGCCUAGUUCACAUUAAUAAGUUUCUAAACUGUCUAAAGCUUUGUAAAACUGCUUGACUUUAUGAGAGAAAGACUCAGCAGGCUUUCAGUGGUUCAGUGAACAAUUAAUGGGAUUUUCUUCACAAUGAACAUCAUCUUUACAGUUUGUAAUUUUGAUAACAUUUUUCUUGAUUCCUCUAGGUACCUGGAUGUUGAGGGGUAAUAAGAAUUUUAAAGUUAAAUAGCUGUUUCAUGUGAAAAGUCAUUAAGUCUUUGAGCUGCUCUCAGUUAGGAGUAAGGCACAAGAAAAAAGUGCAGCAUGUAAGUCAACUACUUCCACAAGUUACAUUUACUGAUCUAGAAAUUAAUGCAUUUGGAACAUUUUUUUGUGAGAAAAUUUGCAUAUCUAUUCAUAUAUGUAUGCAUAUAUGAAUAUAUAUAUAUUCCAAGUAUAGAUACAUAUUAAUAUUCAAUGGCUUAAUAUUAGUGGCUUCAAGGUGGGAGAGGGCAGAUAGAGAUUGGAUAUUAAAAAGAAAUCCUUUACUGUGAGGGUGAUGAGGCACUGGAAGAGGUUGCCCAGAGAAGUUGUGGCUGCCCCAUCCCCAGAAUUGUUCAAAUCCAGAUUGGAUGGGGCUUUGAGCAACCUGGUCUGGGUUGGUGUCCUUGCCCAUUGUGGGGGACUGGACCAAGAUGAUCUUUAAUGUGCCUUCCAAUCCAGGCUGUUCUAUGAUUCUGUGAUUUAUAUUCCUAUACAUAUACACACACAAUGGAUAAUUAUUUUCCAGUAUCUGGGGGGGAGGGGUGGGGGUGUUUGUAUUUUUCCAAGUGAGAAGCUGUUUUUUGUUUUGUUCUACACUGUAAAUGACACUGUAAAUUAAAAUCAGAGAUCCUAAUAUUCAGCUGUUACUACUAAUUUAUGUAUAUAGUUUUAUACUGUGAUUUAUUUUUGUGUGGCAUAUUUACUACAGACAUUGUAAGCUGACCUAAUAAGGCAAUUUCAUUACUAGGUAAUUGACAAAAAAUUAAUGGGUGCUUUUAUGCCAGACUUUAUAUCAGGUUUUUUUUUACUGGGUUAGAGGUACAGCAGUAAGAGAAUGAAAUAUAUAUGAGAAAGAGAAGUAAGAAUGAAAAAUUAAAAAUGUAUGGGUUUGGUGCUACUAUUAAGAAAAAGAGUCAAGCAGGAUUAUACCAACUGAGUUAUAAUGGAAGCUAAUCAAAUACUGGAGAAAACUGAAGAAAAAAAUAUUUUAUUUGCCAUUUGUAAAAUUAUAUAAAGUAUAUAUAAAUUAUAUAAAAUUAUAUACAGCAAAUUAAAAUAUUACCUUUCAGUGCCUUUAGUUCCCUAUUCCAAGAGUUACAUGAGGCUUGCUGUGGGAAUGGCUAUGUAAACAUUGAAUGUGAAUGCCAGCCCUACAGAAAAUCAUCUGAAAAAUUUCUUUCCUUUUUGCCUGCAGGGCAAGACAGUCAAAUUCAGAUCCUUUCCUUUAGACUGGGAAUUAUCUUACUUUGUAGUUAGGGCUACUAACAUGGUAUGAUGAGAUGUGCUUUGAGCCAAGGUGGCAAGAUUGGAAACCAAUAUUAUUAGAAUGAGAAGAAUUUAACACAUCGUGAUGUUCAUUUAUGUCCAUUAUAGACACUGUUGAAAAUGUUACCAUUGGAAAACUUCAACUAAAUGUUGUGCAGACCUGAUACAAUGUUUGUAUCAGAAAUCAGAACUUCUGCAACAAAAUAAAUUUAUUUUACAUUUGCGUUUGGAGCCCAGCUUUGAACGCAUAGGUAGCAGUCUUGACAGAAUUUCCUGUCAGCUCGGGGUCCUUGUGCAGCAUUAACAGGAGGGGCCAUGUUUUCAUUUGUGCCAUCCCAUUUGCCCCCCUCUUGUCCUACCUGAGAAAGGCACACACUUUCUGUGUGGCUGCAAAGAGCUGCUACAAGCUGGGUACAGUGUGGGAUGGGGGUUCCACAUCUCCCCAGAUUUUUGUUGCCAUCCAUGUUCAAAGUAAUUCCAGGCCAAGCUAUGCUUUGUUCACUGGCCAGGGAAGUGUCCUCUGCCUUAGGCUGUGGAAGUUUGAGGUGUGCCAAUACUUCAUUAACUUGCUUGUCUCUGACCCUAAUGAGAGUUUUGUGUUGCUCUUGUUCCAUGAAAUAUUUUUCUAUGGUUGUGCUGCAACAAUUUCUCCAGCAAUGAGAGGACAAUAUGGAAAAUAUCAGCAAUUUAUAGUUUAUUUUUUCUUGUUGAAUGUAUCAAAUUGUCUACAGCCUGUGUGUUUGUCAGCAAGUGUUGUGUGGUGCCACAUUCCCUUUUUCUGUCUGACACUGGGGUGAGGCACAGUGAGCUGGUGUUUGUAUGGGUGCCACAAGUCUGUGUGAUCAAAUAUGUCCAUGCACAGUGAUUGCAAAAUAAACCUUUGGAAUAAAAUUAAAA